UUUAUUCAUUUUUUAUUCAUGGAAAGAUAAAAGGAAUCUCUGAGGAAGAAGCAUCAGAAUAGAAUGGUCUGAGGAGGAAGAAGAAUCUGCUUAUCCUCCAAGGAAUCAUGUUGUGAAUCCACACAUUACGGCAGGAUGAAACGAAGUGGGAAAGACAUUGGGGUAAUCAAAACUUCUUCAGAGGAGGACAGUAGAGAACAAUCCAAGAAACGGAGAACUACCAGUGAGCAUUCUCAAGCAUGUGAUUGGGGUAAUCUCCUUCAGGACAUUAUUCUACAUAUAUUUAAAUACUUACCCCUUCUUGAUCGGGCUCAUGCAUCACAAGUUUGUCGAAACUGGAAUCAGGUAUUUCAUAUGCCUGACUUGUGGAGGUGCUUUGAGUUUGAACUUAACCAACCAGCUACAUCUUAUUUGAAAGCUACACAUCCAGAGCUGAUAAAGCAGAUUAUUAAAAAACAUUCAAAUCAUCUACAGUAUGUCAGUUUCAAGGUGGACAGCAGCAAGGAAUCAGCUGAAGCAGCUUGUGAUAUUUUAUCUCAACUCGUAAAUUGUUCUUUGAAAACACUUGGACUUAUUUCUACUGCUCGGCCAAGCUUUAUGGAUUUACCAAAGUCUCAUUUUAUCUCUGCACUGACCGUUGUGUUUGUAAACUCCAAGUCACUGUCUUCACUAAAGAUUGAUGAUACACCUGUAGAUGAUCCAUCUCUCAAGGUACUAGUGGCUAACAACAGUGAUACGCUCAAAUUGUUAAAAAUGAGCAGUUGUCCUCAUGUCUCUCCAGCAGGUAUCCUUUGUGUGGCUGACCAAUGUCAUGGCUUACGUGAACUGGCCUUGAACUACCACCUCUUAAGUGAUGAGCUGCUUCUGGCUUUGUCUUCUGAGAAACACGUCAGAUUAGAACACUUGCGCAUUGAUGUAGUCAGUGAAAAUCCGGGACAGACACAUUUCCAUACAAUUCAGAAGAGCAGCUGGGAUGCUUUUGUCAGACAUUCACCUAAAGUAAAUUUAGUGAUGUAUUUUUUUUUGUAUGAAGAAGAAUUUGACCCAUUCUUUCGUUAUGAAAUUCCUGCCACCCAUCUUUAUUUUGGCAGAUCAGUAAGUAAAGAUGUUCUUGGCCGUGUUGGAAUGACAUGCCCUCGUUUAGUUGAACUAGUAGUAUGUGCUAAUGGAUUACGACCACUGGAUGAGGAAUUAAUUCGCAUUGCAGAACGCUGCAAAAAUUUGUCAGCUAUUGGACUAGGUGAAUGUGAAGUCUCUUGCAGUGCCUUUGUUGAGUUUGUGAAGUUGUGUGGUGGCCGUUUGUCUCAGCUAUCCAUUAUGGAAGAAGUCCUAAUUCCUGACCAAAAGUAUAGUUUGGAGCAGAUUCAUUGGGAAGUAUCAAAGCAUCUUGGUAGAGUUUGGUUUCCAGACAUGAUGCCCACUUGGUAAAGAUCUUAAGCCAAAAGGCACUUUUAAUAGCACCUUAAAUUUGAGCAUACCAUAUUGUUAAAAGGAGGGGAGGGGAAGCUUAUUUAACAUGGUUUUAAAAUAAUUUUAUGACUGUGGCAUAGAAAUUUGAUAUUUUCAGUCAGUGACUAAACAACAGGCUUAAAUAAUGUGGAAGAUUUCAUGGGCUAGAUUUGGUCAAAAAAAUCUGUUUCGUUAGCCCAGUAGCAAUCAGAUGUCAGUAGAAAAUUUGGUAGUGAUUCAAAUAUAAGAAUAAUCAGCAGUUGUAAAGUUUAAACAUGUUAAGUAUGCGAAACUUGUCUACUACAGAUUAUGAAAUCCAAGAAGUAGUAAUAGAUUUCCAAAAAAUGUUUUGUUCUCUAUGCAGUUUUUUAAAAUGUAAAAUUGACAAUUUUUAGGGUCUUCAUACACCUGUUAUAAGGUGUCAGACAUAGCUCAGGAAGGUAAGAUUUUUUGGGACAUGGGUGUAGGUACGUUUUGUUCAUGAAGAUUGGCCAAAUUUUUGCAGUUUUUUACACAGCCCAGUUUUUUCUUACUGAACAUGUUUCUUGAGGGGGGAAAUAUGUAUACAUUUAUUAGGUAAAUGGUAAAUUUAACAAAGUGGCUGUUGUACAAGAACACAAAUUAGAGCCAAGAUCAAACUACCACAAGGCAAAUGCACAAAGAGUAGAAUGAAAAGCAUUUAAUUUACAUUUUGGAAAUUGCUUUGUAAUCUACUAACCUUAUAAAGUCUAUCUUGUACUAUGUUAUUCUGUAAAUUGCACUUGAGUCAUUUAUUUGUAUGUGAAGUAAGGAAUAUUUAAACCAGUUUUCUUUGGUUUUUGUAUAUUGUUUAAACUAGUUUUGAGGUUAUAUUGUAUCUGAAAUUCAUAAUGGCAAACUAUUUAAAAAGCCAAAUCAAAAUUAUAAAGUAAACUCUAAAAUGUUUAUAAAUUGUAUAAAAGAUGAUCAGAUUGUAAUAAGUAAGUCUUAAUGGUGACUUAUUUUUCUUUUAGAGAUUGUACAGCUAAAUUGUGUAAGAUAUUUUGGUUUUUAUUAAUCAUACACGGAGCUCCAAAUGUAUAUUUUUAGAGUGAGCUAUAAUAAAUUUAAAAGGCAUA